AUCGGGCGGAGGAGUAACUCGCGUCGUUGUGUUUCCUCGUUAAUUAUUCAUAGCUUUUUCAUAGCUUUCGCUUCACUUUUGUCGCCCUAUUGUGACGGAAGCGAUUUAUUUUUCUCGAUAGUCCUAUCCGAAAAAACGGAACGAUGAUAGGACAACGAGACGUAAUACCAGGGUUCUUGUUAAUUCUUCUCUCCGUCGUCGCACUAUUUAGCUUAGCCAACGCCGGUGGACACGGACACGAACAUAGUCACGUGAUAAUCCACGUGCCGUACAAGAUCAAGAAGAUCCAACACACGCACACGAUCACGAAACACAUACACCACGGCGGCGGCGGCGGCGGCGACAGUUACGAAGUACUCGGAUACACCUAUGGCCAUCCCAUUUCUCUUGGGGGUCACGACGGCGGCGGCGACGGUGGUCAUGAUUUCGGAGGUGGCGGCGGUGGUCAUGAUUUCGGAGGUGGCGGCGGCGGUGGUCAUGAUUUCGGAGGUGGUGGCGGUGGGGGCCACCUGGAGCUAAGCCAUGGUGGUGGUUUCGGAGGAGGCGGAGGUGGAUUUGGCGGCGGGGGCGGACUCGGCGACUGGGGAGGACACUAGAAAUAUCCUCGAGUGAAUUAUUGAUAACUUUCGAGAAAUGUUAAAAUUAGCUUUAAAGUAGUCGACAUGAUAACCCUUUGAAACAUAUAGAAUGAUUUUUAUCCCUUUCCGCUGAUAACGCUAGUUUUGGUACAUUAUUUCUAUCAUAAGACAAUGUCGCUCAUUUGCUAUAACAAUGACAUUAUUCAAAAAUUGUUUUUUAAUUGCUUACGAAAAA